AUGCUCCGCUGUCCUCUGCUCCUGCUGCUGCUGGCCGUGGCCUCUGCACAGGAGGUCAAACUGCUAACCAAACGAGACUCUGUGGAGCUGUGCAUUGAUUGGUCCGUUGACUACGUGCGCUACCGGGUGCUGGCAGGGGAGCCGGUGUUUGUCCGCUGUGCUCUCUUCUAUGGCUACAUCCGGGCCAAUCACAGUGCUGCUCAGAGCGGGGGGCUCCGCCUCAUGUGGUACCGCCAAUCGCAGAGAGGCUCGGGGGUGGGCCUUAGCCUGGCCGACUACGAGGAGCCAAUCGUGUUCGACUCACGCGUCACCAAGGAAGAUGACAACAUAUGGUUCCGCCCAGCGGAGGUGGAUGACAGCGGCCUAUACUCAUGUGUACUGAGGAACUCCUCCUACUGUGUGAAGGUGGCCAUGUCAUUGGAGGUGCUACAGAACGACUCGGCCCCGUGCUACAACUCUCAGCUGCGGCUGACAGAGAGAGCAGAGCUGGGCAGCACCAAGACCCUCUCCUGCCCCGACAUCCAGCAAUACUCACCACCCGACACCAUACCUCUCAUCACAUGGUACAAGGAGUGUGAGCUGCAGAAGUGGCGUUCGAGUGUGACGCUGUAUCAAACAUCUCUGGUGUUCGAGGCCGUGCAGGAGGACGACACUGGAAACUACACCUGUGAACUACAGCUGGAACGCUUCCUAGUACGGAGAACCACACACCUGAGCAUCACAGCUCCUCUGACAGAUAAGCCACCCAGACUCCUGUUUCCCGCCGAGAAUAAACUCAUCACCAUGGAGAUGCAGCUAGGAAGUGUGGUAAACCUGACGUGCUGGGCGUGGUUUGGCUACAGCGACAUGAGUCCCGUGCUGUACUGGAUCAAAGGAGACCGUUUCAUAGAGGACAUGGACCAGACGCGCAUCCGAGAGAGUGACAUGAGGCUGGUUCAGGAGCACCUGGGUGAGAAGGAGGUGUCUAUCUCCCUCACUAUAGACUACCUGGAGGAGGAGGACCUGGGAAAUUACUCCUGCUACGCAGAGAACGCCGUCGGGAAGAGAUACGCUAGCGUCAUCAUCACCAGGAGAGAGCUGAUGUAUGCGGUGGAGCUGGCUGGAGGUCUGGGAGCUGUGCUACUGGUGCUGGGGCUGCUGCUCUCCCUCUACAAGUGCUGCAAGCUGGACAUCCUGCUCUGCUACAGACACUACUUUGGCUCAGAGGAACCAGACAUGGAUGAGAAGGACUACGAUGCUUACCUCUCCUACAGCAAGGCGGAACCUCAGUGGGGGGAGGAGCUAGAGGAGGAGGAUAACUUUGCUCUGCAUGUGCUCCCUGAGGUCCUCGAACAGCACUACGGCUACAAGCUCUUCAUUCCUGACAGAGACCUCAUACCCACAGGCAGUCUGAGCGUAGAGGAUGAUUCUCAUCUGCUUAGAGCGUACAUUGAGGAUGUAGCCCGGUGCGUGGAGCAGAGCAGGCGUCUGAUCUUGGUGCUAACCCCCGGCUACGUGCGGCGACGCGGAUGGAGCGUCUUCGAACUGGAGGCCCGACUACGCAACAUGCUGGCCUGUGGAGACAUCAAGGUUAUCCUGAUUGAGUGUACCACAGCAGCUCUCAAUGGCCUCAUGAACUAUCCAGAGGUGGAGGCCCUCAAACAGGGGAUCAAGGCCCUGACGGUGCUGCGUUGGCGCGGGGAGAGCAGCUCGCGACCGGGCUCUCGCUUCUGGAAGUCCCUCCGGCUGGAGAUGCCCUUCCGGCGCCCUCCGCGGUCGCUGCUGACCGGCGGCCGUCGCGGCGCCCAGCCGCUGGACGCCUCGGAGGCCAGCACCUUUGCCUCGGCCGCCGACCUGCGCAGCAGCAGCAGCAUGGGCGGAGGAGGGGGGCUGGGGGUGGGCGGCGUGUCCUCCAUGUCCGCCCUCUCCAUGGUGACCAACUCCUCGGUGGCCGUGCCGUCGGUGGCGGUGGCGCCGGCGGAGCUGCGCUCAUCAUCGCUGACGUCGCUGCGGGGCACCUCGGGCGUCAUGGUGGAGCGCUACCACGCCACGCUGCAGCGCCACAAGAACCCCUACCAGCCGCACCCGCUCACGCACACGCACACGCUCGCGCACUCGCAGGUGUCGCCGCACGAGGACGGGCACGGCCGGGGCUUGCCCCUGACGGCCUAUCAGAUGCCUGCGUUGUCGCGGGCGGGCACGCUGCCCCCGCAGCCACGCUCGCACGUGCACGGGCACGGCACACACAAGGCGCGGCCGCAGAGACAGCGGAGCCUGGACCAGCCGUACGCCAAUCACCACGCCAUACUGCCCCUGCUGCCACGGGAGAACAGCAUGUCUAGUGUCAUAUGGUGA